AUGUCGGAACCACAGCCUGACCUGGAACCGCCCCAACAUGGGCUGUACAUGCUCUUCCUGCUUGUGCUGGUCUUCUUCCUCAUGGGCCUCGUAGGCUUCAUGAUCUGCCACGUGCUCAAGAAGAAGGGCUACCGCUGCCGCACGUCGAGGGGCUCGGAGCCUGACGAUGCCCAGCUCCAGCCCCCUGAGGACGAUGACAUGAAUGAGGACACAGUAGAGAGGAUUGUUCGCUGCAUCAUCCAAAAUGAAGCCAAUGCUGAGGCCUUGAAGGAGAUGCUGGGGGACAGUGAAGGAGAAGGGACAGUGCAGCUGUCCAGCGUGGAUGCUACCUCCAGCCUGCAGGACGGAACCCCCUCCCAUCAUCACACAGUGCAUCUGGGGUCUGCUGCCCCUUGCAUCCACUGUAGCCGCAACAAGAGGCCCCCACUUGUCCGUCAGGGACGCUCCAAGGAAGGAAAGAGCCGCCCCCGGCCUGGGGAGACCACUGUGUUCUCUGUGGGCAGGUUCCGGGUGACACACAUAGAGAAGCGCUAUGGACUACAUGAGCAUCGUGAUGGCUCUCCCACAGACAGGAGCUGGGGGUCUGGUGGAGGGCAGGACAUAGGGGGUAGUCAGGGGUCUGGGGGAGGGCAUCCCAGGGCAGGGACACCUGCCAUUGAGAGCCUGCCCCCUGAGAGGCCACAGCCCCUGGCCCUCGCCAGUCCCUUGGUGCAGAAUGGAGGACUCAGGGACAGUAGCUUAGUCCCUUGUACACUUGAGGGCAACCCUAGAGCCUCUGCAGAGUCAGUUCUAGGGGCUGGAGGGAAGGGCCCAAGCCCAGGACUGGCCAGUCGAGAGGCAAUUGGACAGCCAAGCAAACUGGACACCACAGAUCACCAGGUAGGAAGACAUGGGCAGGGCUAUGGUGGGCUCAGCUCUUAUUGCCUCCUACCCUGGAUUGAAGGGGAGGUGGCCCUGAUAUGACCCACAUCCUGUUCUCCCAUUGUUGACCACUUCUCUCUCACAGGUGUCUGCACCACGAGGAGCAGGGGGUGUGUGAGGUGAGUCUGCCUGGCCCCCAAGUCAGAUAAUCUCAUCCUCCCACUCUCUACUUAAACUACCUAAGCCCAUCGGCUCUCUGCACUCCCAGGGUUGGCCUUUGCUACACAUUCUUUGGUUUAGUGGUGGGGAGUGGGCAUGUGCCCCAGGAGGUAGGGAAGGUCCUGUAGCCCCUGGGUAAAAGCUGAGACACAACUUGAAUAGGAAGCAACACUGUUACCCUUCCUCUCCUCCAAGCCUCCUUCUUCACUGUACUGAUGGACUACCAGCUGGCAGGGCCGGGGGUGGGUGGGCAUGAAGGCCCUCCUCUCCACUGGACAGCACUGCCCUCAGCUGAGGAACCAGCUCUACUUCCACCUGGAGUUGCAUGGUCUCAGUCUGGGGGACCUCGGGAGAAGUCUCCCCACCCCCAUCCCUCAGUCUCUUUCACUUCCCCUGCCUGCCAACAGGCCGCCUGACCCCUUCCCCAUCACCUCGCUCCAUUUGCUAGAGCGUGGCAGCUGGGAGCAGGCCCCUGCCCUUGGUGGGCCCCUAAAGCAAUAGCACCAUAGGCCCCCUGCCCUCUUGGCACAAGAGGCCCAGGCCCUGGCUUGGGCUUAGUGCCCUUUAUUCACUGUCAAUAAAUCCGCUCAGACCAUUA